AUUGUACGUUCACCCAUUUUAAUUUCCUCCUCUAACUCAUCCCUGAUCUCUCUUACUUUCUCUCUCUGCAACACACUUUCAAUCUCUAAUAACAUGGUACAAUCCAAGAAGUUUAGAGGAGUCAGGCAACGCCAGUGGGGCUCCUGGGUGUCAGAAAUUCGCCACCCAUUACUGAAGAGAAGGGUAUGGCUAGGCACAUUUGAGACAGCUGAGGCCGCAGCACGGGCAUAUGACCAAGCAGCCAUAUUGAUGAGUGGCCAGAACGCCAAGACCAACUUUCCUGUGUCAAGUAGUCAUCAGGAAGACACAAAAAAGCCUUGUGAUGACUCUCCAUUGUCUCCAAAGGCUCUUUCCGAGCUCCUUAGCACCAAGCUUCGAAAGUGUUGCAAAGACCAAUCUCCUUCCCUCACUUGCCUACGCCUUGAUGCUGAUAACUCUCAUAUCGGAGUGUGGCAAAAGCGUGCAGGGUCACGUUCAGGAUCAAAUUGGGUGAUGAAAAUUGAGCUUGGGAAUAAGAAGAUAAAAACAUUGGAGGAUGACUUGCCAUUGUCAUCAGUGUCACCAAGGGUUGAGAGUGAUGCAGGACAUGAAGUUGUUGAAGAGGAUAACAUGGCAAUGCAAAUGAUAGAAGAACUACUUAACUGGAAUUAUCCUACUCCAUCAAGUGAUUUUCAAGAAGAAAAAGGAAGCCUUCCUUUCCUAAGUCCAUGAAAUAGCUAGCACUUCUUUCCUCUGCACUUUCUUUCAAUUAUUGCGCUUCUAGUUUUCUUAAUUUGAGUUUCCAAUCACAGACUAGUGACUGAGUACUGUAUGGAGAAUAAAAAGAAGAAAGAAUUUGAGGAGGAUUUAACCUACUAAGUCAAGCUUCAAUGUGAAUUAUGUAUGGAAGGUCAAAUAGGAGUUACAUUUCUCAAUUGCGGUCACAUAUAGUGCCCUAUGAUUCAUAAUUGCAACUACUAAUUUACCGUAGAAGUGAUUGUAGAGGUUCCUUUUUUUCUUUUCCCAAAAUUGUUAAGGUUUAGCUGUAUGUGCUAUAUACCUACUUGUGUAAAUGUAAGUAUUAAAAAAUGUGUGUUUCACU